UGUGUAACCGUCCCCCAGCUUCACUUCACCGGAUCUGUCACAUUUCGACAUCGUACAGUGUUCCGCAACCCCCUUUUUUUAAAUAGAAGUACCGUGAAGGAACUAUACUCACUGACACUUUGCAUGUGUCUAUUUAUUCCUACAAACCACUCGAACAGUUUAGUGAUAGGGUGUCAACUCAAACUACAUCUAGGAGAACACAUAGGAACCUUUGUGCCGCUCUGGCAGUGUUUCCUGUGGGGAAAACUUCUCAGUAGGACAGCGAUGUACUUGGAAAGGAAACGUGUAUCUAGCAAGUUAUUGUUGCAGUUGAUGCCGCACAAUAUUUAUUCCUAUUAAAAAGACGAAGCAGACGCCAGCCUUGGACUGAGACAGCAAUCAUUUGGAAGAAGCCAUGAAGAAGAAAGUUAACAACAGCAGAGAUGUGUUGUCAGGGCAACAGUCAGCUGACUACGUGGUGGGUCAGGUGUCAGGAAGCUUGUUCCAGAAGAACUCUUCAGCCUCCAGAUCACUUUCAGCGUUAUUCAGCUCACCUGUGCCAGCCAUGCAGCUUCUGUUUAAGCCUGCACCCCUGCCCGUUCAAAAAAGGACAGAAAGCAAUGAGCAGGAAAGCCCAAAGGUCAAAGGUCAGCCCUGCCAGAAGAAGAAGCCAGCUAAGGAGAAAUCAGCAGCCAACCUGGAGCUGGAAAAAAGAGAGGAUGGUUUACAGAAAGCAGACGAGGAUGAGGAAGGGCAAGAGACACCCAUGAAGAAGAGGAAGAGAAAAGCAUCAGAGUCAGGCAGAGACAAUGAUGCAGAGUACUGGGUGAUGAAGAGACAGAGGUUGAAGGCCAGCAGAGUGGAGGAGGCCUUAAAAAAGAAAAGGACAGUGUUUGUUGGCAAUCUGCCCACCAGCUGCACCAAAAAGACCCUGCGGCACCUCUUCAGGGAUGGAGGAUCCAUUGAAUCUAUUCGCUUUCGCUCUGUGGUCAGAGAGGACCCCUCCAUGUCCUGUAAAGUAGCUGCUAUUAAGCGCAAAGUUCAUCCCAAGAAGCAAAGUAUCAAUGCCUAUGUGGUGUUUAAAGAUGAAGAUGGAGUCACCAAAGCUUUGGAGAGGAAUGGCAUGGAGGUAGAGAAAGACUUCUACAUCCGAGUGGACAGAGUGACUGACAGCUCAUCUCAUGACCACAAGCGUUCUGUUUUUGUGGGGAAUCUGCCAUUUGACAUCAAUGAGCUGGCUUUUCGAAGGCAUUUCGAGGAGUGCGGCACAGUGGAGGCAGUGCGGCUGGUGCGGGACAAAAACUCUGGAUUGGGAAAAGGAUUUGGCUAUGUCCUGUUUGAGAGUGCCGACUCUGUGCAGCUGGCAUUGAAACUAGAAGGGUCAAAGCUAGAGGGCAGAUCCAUCCGGGUGAAGAGGUCGAUGAAGAAGGAGAAGGAGAAGAAUAACAGUGACAGCAAAGCGACAACAAGGAAAGUUGGCAAGAUUCCCAAAAAUGGUUCGGGAAGCGAGAAGGGAGCUGGUCGAGGAAGUUUCAAGUCCCCAAAGAAGGUGAUGGGAAACCAGCAGAAGUUGACCAAAAGCUCUACUUCCUUCAAAGGAGAAAUGGCAGAUCCAAACAAAAAGAAUAAAAAGAAAGGACUUAAGAAGAAAAAAGUGAAGUCAGACAAGUCUAUUCAUAUCUGACAUUUGAGAAUAAAUGAGAGAGAAAAAAUGUGUGAGGAGUUUGAUUGCUCGAUUACUUUAGAACAUCAGAUGAUUGCUGCAAGUAAAGGAAGAUCAGGAGGUUUGGAGCUGAACCAUCCAGGCUAACAACAAUAAUAUCCAGAUAUGUAUUUCACAUUUUGUUGUGUACACACAGAAAGCUUCCUUUGCCUGGCCUAAACAGAAAUACUUUCCAGUCUUUUCCACACUGUGGCCU